AUGGCUAAUUACACUGGUGGUCCUCGUUAUACACGAUCUUUAAUCAAUGAACGACCAGGACCAAGAUUUAAUGUACCACCAAAUCGAAAUAUUCAACGAAAUAAUUUAAAUGAUGAAAAAUCUCAAUUAAAUAAACACAUGAAUAUAGCACAACAACAACAAUCACGUUUGAUUAAUCCAACUAAAACAGUUAAUGAUACAAUAAUAUCAACACCUCCAACUUCAAAUUCACCGUCUAUACGAAAUCAAACAGUAACCAAUUCAACAAACAAUACAAUUGAUUUAACUAUCAAUUCACCAAAUAAAUCAACCAAAAUACCAACGACAGAAAAUAUAUCUACUGAAGAAUCAUCGAAUACUUCUAUAGAUAAUGAAUUAACAAUAAAAACAGAUAUUACACUUUCUGAUGAAGAACAACGAUCAAUUGGUCAAAUUGGACACAAACGAUUACGAUCUGAAACAAAUUCUCAACAGCAACAAAAUGUAUUUGAUUCAACAACAUCAUUAUCACAACAACAAAUUAAUGAAAGAAAGACAACACAAGGUGGCCGUUGUCGUUUAUUUAUUGGUAAUGUACCAUCUGAUUUAACACAAGAUGAAUUUCAAUUAUUAUUUGGUAAAUAUGGCGAACUUGUUGAAUAUUUUGUUAAUCCAUCACGUGGUUUUGGUUUUAUUAAACUUAGUACACGUCAAUUAGCUGAACAAGCUAAAUAUGAUCUUGAUGGUUAUGUUUUACGUGGUAAACCACUUCGUAUACGUUUUGCUAGUCAAGGUGCAACAAUAAAAGUUAAAAAUUUAUCACCAAAUGUAUCAAAUGAUUUACUUAAAGAAGCAUUUGAACAAUAUUUUGGUGGAAUUGAACGUGCUGUUGUUAUUGUUGAUGAUCGAGGAAAAUCAACUGGUGAAGGAAUAAUUGAAUUUGAAAAAAAACCAUCUGCACAAAAAUGUCUUAAUGAAUGUACAGAACGAUGUUUCUUUAUUACUAGUGAGUUAAGACCUGUCGUUGUUGAACCUUGGGAUAUCAAAGAUGAAGAAGAUGGUUUACCAGAAAAAUCUUUAGUUCAUAAUCCGAUAUAUAUAAAAGAACGAGAAGCGAAACCACGUUUUGCUGAAUUAAAUACAAUUGAACAUACAAUUGGUCUUAAAUGGAAAGAAUUAGAAUUACAAGAAAAACAAUUAUUAGAAGAAGUUAAAAGACGUAUGCAAUAUGCGACGGAACAACUCAAAAUUGAAAUUGAUCAAAUGUAUUUAGAACAUCAAUCACAAGUAUUACGAGAAGAAUUAUUACGUCGUCAAGAAGAUCUUCGUCGAAUAGACGAACUACGAUCACAAGAAAUAGAUCGUCGUCGUAAUAUGAUACCGAUGCAUCGUACUGAUGCUUAUCAUAAUCCAUUUAAUAUAACUACUGGUCCUAUAAGUAAUGUAUUUCAUCAAAAUCAAGCAGCAGCUAAUGCAUUGCAAUAUAAUGAUUUUCAACAAAUUUCAUAUGCAAAUUCAAGUCCACUUAUACAACAAACAUCACCUAUAGCAGCAAAUAUUGAUGCUGCUUAUACAACAAAUCAAGUAGCACGUGGUUAUGGAUUAACAAAUGCACGUACAAGUGGAGAUGAUUUUAUUCAACAACAACAACAACAACAAGGAUUUGAUAGAAAACGACCGAGAUAUUAA